GAGAAGGGCAUGAGCAUGAGCGAUUUUCCUGGUCCUGUCCCAUGAAAAUAUUUUCAAUGGGAAUGGGAUUUUUAUGGGGGAGUUGCGGGUGUCGCGUUUUGGAGGGGCAGGACGGAUUGAUACACCAGGUUUUUGGCGGUCGCUUCGCUGCGUAGGCCCCUGUAGUGGUGAUGGAGGGGCUUCCGCGGGGUGGAUGUUGCACGUGACUUUAGAUUCAGUAGGUAAACCAUGGAUAGAUUAGACUUUGUUUUAUAUGCACCUAGAAGAUGGACUUUCUUGGUCUACUGGUAACCCGGGGUUGAAAUGGAAUUUUAGGUUUGUGAGAAUUGCAUGUUGGGAUUUCUCGGGUCUGGAAUUACAUCGACAGACUCGUCGAUAAUUGCAGUGGUGGAGAGAAGGGGGGUAUUUUCCUCGCCUCCCCUGAUGUGAUGUGCAGCGAUUGCUGGAUGCGGUGUCCCCGUUUCUUCCAAUACGCUUGCUACGCCACUUCCAGGCCAGGCGGUUUCCAUUGACGAAUGAGCGGGAUGCGAUAAGAGGGUUGACAGUGGUGUUUUAUCAACGACUGAUGCAGAGCAGCUUAUUGCACCAUUUCCAGCUCCAAGGUCCUCCUCUCAGCCUUUCCUAGCGACGAAGUAUGAGCACGCUACUGGAGUCAAGGUCGUCCUGUACUCGAGUGUGGAGUAGUAGAGAAGAGAGAGCCUGAAUAGUGCUAGACCUACGAAAGGAAACCAUGGAUUUCCGAUUACGGCGAUGUGAAAAGAUGGCACGUCAUUCCACCAUUUCAAUCCACCCACGUCCUAUAACGGAUGGGAUGGGAUGGGAUGGGAUGAGAUGAUUUUUUUCUUUGCAUGGUGAAUUCAAUUUGUUGAUACGAUUGGAAACCUUUUCAGGGCUGCAGCCACCACGCUUUCCUUUUUCUCUAUUGCCGGGUGGAUGGUUACUGGUUGGAUUAUGAUGUUAAGCUAGGUUGAUAGCUUGAGAGCUCCAGCUCCCCCUCCCCCCCCACCAUUUUUUGUACGCAUAUAAGGUGGUGCUUUCCCUGACUUCGAUUUCUCAAACCUGCUGCCUUUCUUCUUCCAUAUUGAUACUUUGACAUUUGAUUUGAUACGAAAAUUUCAUACGGACGAGAGAUUCAACGAUAUACUUUGAUUUCGCGAUCAUGUCUAACCUUCCUUCUGAGCCGGAGUUUGAGCAGGCUUAUACUGGUAUGAUUGAUUUUAUUAUUGUAGCGUGAUUGAUUGGGAAGGGAGAAUUUGUUUUUGGGGAUCAGAGGCUGGAUUCUUCCUCCUCUUCCCUGUUCUUCUGCCUUUUCUCAUAAACGAGGAAGGAGCGUCUUCCCGAGAUUCACAACGUUUUCACGAUGGCAGAAAGUCGAUACUGGAUAGAACAACAAUUGUCUGAAAUCACCUAGAGAAUAUUUUCUUAUGGCUGCAAUUUUGCAUCUCAGCUAGCUCUAUUUUCUUCGGCUGUCUUCUCUAAAGGUCAUAAGUUCACAACUAACAAACUCCCAACAGAGCUCGCUUCCACCCUCGAAAACUCCACCCUCUUCGAACAAAAGCCCGAAUACAAGACCGCCCUCAAGGUCGUCUCCAUUCCCGAGCGAGUCAUCCAAUUCCGAGUUGUCUGGGAAGACGACAAACUCCAAACACAAGUCAACCGCGGAUACCGAGUUCAAUUCAACUCUGCUCUCGGUCCAUACAAGGGUGGUCUCAGAUUCCACCCAACCGUCAACCUAUCUAUUCUGAAGUUCUUGGGAUUUGAGCAGAUCUUUAAGAAUGCUCUUACUGGAUGUGAGUUUUUCACGUGAGAGUACUUUUAAACCCAUGAAAGCUGAUAGGUUGUAGUGAACAUUGGUGGUGGUAAAGGAGGAGCAGAUUUCGAUCCAAAGGGCAAAUCUGAUAAUGAGAUUCGAAAAUUCUGCGUUGCAUUCAUGUGCGAGUUGAGCAAACAUAUCGGUGCCGAUACCGAUGUUCCAGCUGGAGAUAUCGGUGUAUCAGGACGUGAAAUUGGAUGGUUGUUUGGGGCCUACAAGGCCGAGACGAAGAAAUGGGAAGGUGUUCUUACAGGAAAGGGAGGAGCCUGGGGAGGAUCUCUAAUCAGACCUGAGGCUACCGGUUUCGGACUUGUUUACGUUCGUGACUUCCUUCCCCUAUUACAAAACGUAAAUAUACUGACACAGAACACAGUAUGUGAACCACAUGAUCGAAUACGCCGGCCAAGGCUCCUUCAAAGGAAAGACUGUCGCCAUCUCCGGAUCUGGUAACGUCGCUCAGUACGCAGCUCUCAAGGCUAUCGAACUUGGCGCUACUGUCGUCUCCCUCUCCGAUUCAAAGGGUGCUCUCAUCGCUUCAGCUGAUUCUCCAAUCACACCAGAGGAUAUCUCCGCCAUUGCCACCCUGAAGGUUAAGCGACAAGCACUCACCGAGUUCAAGGGUAAACACAAAUACAUCGAUGGAGCCCGACCAUGGACUCACGUCAAAGUCGACGUCGCUCUCCCAUGUGCAACCCAAAACGAAGUCUCAAAGGAGGAAGCCGAAGCCCUCGUCAACGCCGGAGCACGUUUCAUUGCAGAAGGCUCCAACAUGGGAUGCACCCAAGCAGCCAUCGACGUCUUCGAAGCCCACCGUAAAUCCAACAAAAAAGAAGCCAUCUGGUACGCACCAGGUAAAGCUGCGAACGCAGGAGGAGUCGCCGUCUCCGGUCUCGAGAUGGCGCAGAACUCUCAACGUCUCAGCUGGACUUCUGAAGAGGUGGAUGAGAAGCUCAAGGGCAUUAUGGAGGCUGCUUUCAAGAAUGGCCUUGAGACUGCCAAGAAAUAUGUUAAAGGGGGUGAGGAUGAAUAUCCUAGUUUGGUUGCUGGAAGUAAUAUUGCGGGGUUCGUGAAGGUUGCUGCUGCUAUGUAUGAUCAUGGGGAUUGGUGGUAGAUUGUUUUUUUUCUUCUUGAUGUUGGUGUUUAUACCCGGGGCUUUCUUUUGAACGUUUAUGGUGGCAGGAGAGAGAUUGUUUAUACUACGUCAGUGUUUCUCGGAAAAUCUGGGGGAGUUCUUUGUUGGGCUUUAUUGGUGGUAGGGUUUGUGUUGAUGGUAUGGUGGGUGGGAUCCUGGUUGGGGGUUUGCACACAAUUGAGUUAUGUAGCUGGGUUUUAUGAAUGUUUUAUCGUCCAUUCGUCACGUUACAAAAGAGGCUUAUUAUUGAUUUCUUAUACUGCUGGCUGGCUUUAAAUGCUUAGACUUCUCACACAUUAUAGACUAAUUAGAAGGCUCUAUUUAGUAUAGUAA